GUAUAAUAUAUUUAAUAAGUAUGUAGUUUCGCACUUCUUUCGAUUUCUGUCUCUUUCUAUGAUCCCUCCACGAUCCGUGCAAGUCCUGGCUUUGCAAACUCUGAUCCACGGCACAUCGGUAGUAAUGAUUGUUACCGUACAGUACGGUACUUCUACUUCUAAUCAUCCACUUGCCUUUCCGAACACGACCAUCGCACCGGUGUGUUUUGGAAGAACCGCAAUCGACGGGAACAACUGUAUUAGCAACCAGGGAACCACAGCAGCGACACGGUCAAAAACUUUCACCGUAGCACAGAAAGAAACAGAAACAAACCAAACAAGACCAUGAGCGGAUUCCUGCCCGACCUCGCCAACUGGGCCCUGCGCGGCGGUGCGAGCGACAGCGGCGACGAGGCCGAGGCCGAGACAACGGGAGAGGGAUCCCCGGCCGCCCCCCCGGAACCCGCCAUCACCGAGGCCGACAUGCGGGCCCGGCGGCUGGCGCGGAUGGAGGCCAUGCAGCGAAACCAGCAGCAGCAGCAACAGCAGCAGCAGCAACAACAACAACAACAACAACAACAAGAAACGCAAAAGAAACCCCAGCCGAUGCAGAUCGACACGACCCCCCCGUCCGAUUCGACCGCGGCACCGAUGGAAACCGAGGAGACCCCGCCGCUCACCAAGAAAGCCAAGGGAGAUCCGUCCCACCGCGCAACGGCCGAUUCCAAGCCGAAAGCAAAGCCAUCGACCCCCGUGGAUCCCGCCCGGAAGCUCCAGCGGAAAAAGGAGCUCCUGAUCAAGAAGGUCCUCCAGGUCACCUGGACCCGGCCCGGAUCGGACAAGCCGRCCCACGACGACCCGUCCUGCCUCGCCAUCGAGCUGGACGACGCCACCGAAUCCGGGGUCCCGGCCAUCGACGAGCUUCUGGCCAACCGCCUGUCCCUGCCGCCGGGCAAGCUGGAGGAAACCUCGCCGGCCCAGAAGCCCUUUGUUCUGUACCUCGCGUCCGUCCACCGCAGGGCCGCCGGGGAGGCGAAGACCCUCCGCCAGCAGCAAAARGAGUCGAACGCCCCCCUCCUGGAAAUGCUCCAGUCCAUCCAGAACCAGGUGGUGUCCUACGCCGCCAGCGGGCUCAUGAUACCCGACAUGUUCGAGCAGGCCAGCGGCUCCAGGGGACAGCUCCUGCACGCCGUGGUCAAAACCUGCGGGGGAGGGGAUCCCAUGCAGGCRAUCACCUACGGGGUCCGGAACGGAAAACCGGACUCGAGUUUCUACCACCAGCUCUGCGACGAGCUGCAGGACCAGGACGCCUCGGCCUUUGAAGCGGUGGUCUCCGGCCUCGCCAACAAGAUCUGGGAGAGCCUCAAGCAGUGCGAAACCAUCGACUCGACCGUCACCGUUGCGUGCGGACAGGGAGGAUCCACGGCCGCGGUCACCUGCGGCCCCACCCAGCUGGUGUCGGCCCUCCAGGCCGUCUGCGGACACAAAAAGGUCGCCGCCGUGGUGGCCAACGGAACCGGCUUUUUGCUGCCGCCUCCGGGGACGCCGGAAGCGGCCGRAACGAUCCGCCCCCCGAUGCCGGCCGGGGCCGACCUUUUCCGGAUGCUGGCCGGGGCCAACACCCCCAAGCCCUACAAGAAGCGGAGCGGGGUGGGGCUGGAGCGCCACACGCUGCUGGGGUCCGUGCUGAAGAUUUCGACGCCCCGGAACAACAACCCGGCCUUUUCGUCCAUGGACGUCCUCCGSCAGUCCCCGACCGCCCUCGAGGGGGUGACGCAGUCGCAGCGSAGGCAGAUCAAGCUGUACCAGACCCUCUGCAACCAGCUGGUCAUGGGCUUUGUCAAGGCGGGGAAGGAACCCCGGGACAAGCUCUUUCGGUGGUUUGCGGACUGCCAGAAGGUCAAUUUGGGAGCCACCGCCAUGAGGCCGGACUACCAAUCGAAGGUGUCGAGCCCGGGAUUGCUGCUGAACGUCAGCGUGGUCCUGCUCAAGCUCUCCGAGCCCUUUGUGGCGGACGAGGCGAAACACGGGUUGAUCGAUCCCCUCUUUGUCCUGAGCGCCGGGGACAACCGCGGGACCUUUCCCAUCCGGACCGAGGGGGGAGGCGACGAUUCUUUGCCGCGCCUCGGCGACGAGGGCAACGAGGGCACAAGCACGGGCGACGACUCCACCACUCCGCUUUACAAACCAAAGAACGCCUUUAUUCCCCAGUGUUUUUUUUACACGGCGAGGUCCCUGAACCUGGGCAUCGUCCCGCUGCUGAGCCAGCACGAGAGCCUCCUGAGGCACCUGUCCCACAGGCACUGGGAACUCAACAACAGCAACACGGACAUCUUUAGCGAUCCCCAGUUUCGGAUUCUCCUUUCCAGGCAGCGAUCCCACGAGGUCCCCCUCUUCCAGGAAGAAAUGGUGACCGACACCCUCCGCUUUUGCGACCUGAUGGCAAAGACCCUKUACCAGAUGGAAAACGACGACAUCCUCAGAAAGAUGCCGGAGCACUUUGUCGACGACCUCUGCGAGAUUCUGAUGGGCGUGGCGAAGCUCCAGCCCAAGCUGCUCAGGGGCCUGCAGUUCAAGCACGUCUUUUUGCUGAUGGUCAAGCUCCUCAGCCCGAAGUACGCSCCCAUGAUCCGCAACUACAACCUGCGGGCCACGCUCGGGGACGUUCUCUACGAGCUGUACCUGCCCGCCGACGGGGARCGGGCCAGGCGCCGGCGGGACGUCCCGGAGAGCAUCGCCCUGGACCCCUCCAGGGGCGGCCGGUCCUACCUGCUCUCCGACGAGUCGGCGCAGGAAUCCCUGGCGCCCUCCCUGCUCCUCUUGUACGGAGAGGUUGAGUACACGGGCCACUACGAGAAAAUGUCCCACCGGGCAAAGAUCUCGUCCCUGCUCAAGUACCUUUGGGAGUCCAAGGAGCACAGGCCCGCCUUCCAGCAGAUCACCCAGAACAAAGACUCCUUCAUCAAGUUCGCCAACGGCAUCAUCAACGAAACCAACCAGCUGAUCUCGACCGUCAUGACCAAGCUCCCGGAGAUCAAGACCGCACAGGAGCAAAUGGCCGAUGCUGCCGCUUGGGGGCGCCUGACGGAGGAAGAACAGUCCGACGUCACCAGCCGCCUGGACGACAACGAGCGGGAGGUCAAGAGCGCCCUGCCCCUCUGCAACAAGACGAUGCAGAUGUUUGGCUACCUCAACACGGACCGCGAGAUCCGGGACCUCUUCUUGCUCCCCGAGCUGUGCCCCCGCUUGGUCAACAUGCUCAUCCACGUGCUGGGRAAACUGGUGGGGUCCAAGGGAGUCGAAUUGAAGGUACGUACGGCAAUCAUAYAGACGAGCGAGGCAUGCAUGCGCAUUGCGAACGAACCAAGGACCGAGCACRUUUYAUCUAGGAAUAGCUGGCUGGCCGUCUUUGGCYYUGUCCGAAGGCUGCUACGAAUGAAAACGAAACWCUCACGCCGUUUUUAACUAAUUACCCUUAUCCACAGGUCAAGGAUCCGGAACAGUACGAGUUCCGUCCCAAGGAGAUGCUGCGCGAUCUUUGUGCGAUCUUUGCCAUCUUUGCCUCGGCUCGGGACUUUCAGCGGGAAUGCGCCAAGAGCGGGUGCRACCCCAAAACCCUGAGGGAGGCCGUCAAAAACUGCCAGAAAUUCAACCUCCUCACCGGAGACUCCAUCGCGGCGUUUGAGUCCCUGCCCGAYCUGGUGGAACAAGAACUGGACGUCGUCAAGGCCGACGAGGCCCUGAUGGAGGACGCACCCGAUGAAUUCAUGGACCAGAUCAUGGCAACCUUCAUGAGGGAUCCGAUCAUUCUUCCCAGCGGCCACGUUGUCGACCGGGCAACCAUCACACAGCACCUGCUGAACGAUCCCAUGGACCCUUUCAAUCGCGAACCCAUGACGAUCGAUGACAUAAAGCCAGCCGUGGASCUCAAAGCCAAGAUCGACGGCUGGCUGGAGCAGAAGCGCUCGGCCCAGGGAAAAUAGGCUAGGCCGAUCGAGUCACCACGGAGUGGGAACGCAGCACUGCCGGUCCCCAAUGGAUUCGAGCACACAGUGGCGACGCUUCAGAAUUCAUCGAUUGCUGCUACGAGAAAACGAGUCUCACUGAUUUACGAUACUAGUCGAACGGCAACAGCACCGGCAACCUGAUGCAAUGCAGUACAAUACACGGAACGGGAGCAGGGCACAUAGACAUGAGUUCUGUGGUUSUAGGAUCUCAUAAUCUCGCAUUAUCAUUUCAAUCUUUUAGAAAAAAAUAAUGAUGGCCUUUUUCCUCAUUAAGAUGUAUGUAUUGGUAAUGAUCACGUGUGGUGCAAUGGCUUGUCCGAURGUCACAAUUUUAGAAUAGGAAGCUCGCAUGUAGGAGGCACUCGGGAUGGUGCAAUCGUUGGCUCUUCAGACCUUCUUGAGCGAGGCGCUUCUGGAUCGCAGAUUGUAGGGGCAACCCUUGGGUGCCUCGACAAGGGCUUUGCUGGGUGCCGAUCCGGGAUUCUUGCCGCUUGGUUCCUUCUCGACGGUACCGGUGUGGUCUCGGUCCGUKUCCUCGUCUUCCGCCAUGCCCAGGCUUCGCCUCUGGUGGAUUUCCCACAACUCCUCGCCGACCGAAGACGACCGGCGUUUGCGCGGCAAGUGAUCGUGGYCGUCUUCCUCCUCCCGCAAUCGCCUCAAGUGGACGAGGUAGAGCUCCUCACCYGGGGUCGUCGCGUGCUUSUCCAGCGUGGAGGUUCUUUUGGGAUAGGUCGCCAUGGUCAUCUUGUUGCUACUUCGUGCAAAACUACUGCAAGUAAAAGGAUGUAAUCGUU